AUGCUGGAGCGCAGAAGGAAGACUCUGCGAGAGAACGUGGCUGAAGAAGAGGCUGACCAGGAGGUGGAAGUGCUGAAGGGAGGGCAGAUGAAGGCCCUGGAAGAUAAGAGGCCAGAAGAAGACCAAAUGGCGCUGAGGGGAAAGGGAACACCAAGCCAAGGAGGUGAAUUCCUGAAGACGCCCUCACAGCCAACCCUGGAAGAUGACAUGGGGAGAACUCCACGGCAGGAGGAAACCCCCGCAAAGGAGUGGAAGACUCCGAAGACCCCGGUUGAGACACCCCGGCAAGCAGAACCCCAGACAAGCUCCACAAGAGAAAGGGAAGAGAGAGGAGGAAGAACGGCAUCGGCAGCCCAGACCCCCUUUCACAGACCCUCAGGAGCACCUGAGACCAGCCCCCAAUGGCCUGGGGGACCCAAGACCGGCCCGACCACGCUCCGACCAGCCAACCAGCCAGAACCCCAACCGCUGUUCGACGACGAGCAGUUGAGGAGAUAUGAAGAGUUGCGGAGACAGGCACCGAUGCUGAACCCGCCCCAAGUCCAACAGAGGACACUUGAGGAGAUGCGACCUGAAACUCUGAGAGAGGAGGAGUUGAAAAGGUUGAGAAAAAGAGAAGAAGAAUUGGAGAUGGAGAGGACCAUGCUCCUGAGAGAAAGAGAAGAGUUGCAGAGACUGCUGCAACAGAAAGAAAGAGAAAAGAGCCGAGAGAGGCAUGAGGAGGAGUUGCAGAGACUGCUGCAACACAAACAAAGAGACGAGAGCCGAGAGAGGCAUGAGGAGGAGUUGCAGAGACUGCUGCAACACAAAGGAAGAGAUGAGAGCCGAGAGAGGCAUGAUGAGAGGCGCCAGAACGCCAUAGAUGAUGAAGAUGUCCAGUAUAGGACCCCAGAAGAAGAAAGCCAGACAGCCAAGAAGCUGUUUCAAGACGAGCUUGCGGAGGCUGACAGACCCCCAAAGCCCGAGGCUGAAAGACCCCUAACGGCCAGAGAGGCCACAAGACCCCUGAAGACAGAAGCUGCAGGUUCCUCAAGGCAAGAGGAGACCCAAGGAACGUUGCAGCUGAUGGCAAUGAUGAUGCAUACAAUGACAGAGAUGCAGAAGAAGAUGCUCUCCAAAGAUGGAGGGAAAGAAGGAGAGGGGGGAGAAGCAGAGUACGUCAGAAGCCACCCCGAAGUGCCAAGACUGACGGACUGGAACCCCUCGACAGGUCCGAUAGACCUGAACGAUUGGUUGGCGCUGUUUGAGCCAAUCAUGGCAGACCUCACAGCCACCUCACACGACUGGUGGGACAGGCUGCUGAAAGAAGCAAGACAGUGGUACCAAGACCACAUGGCUCUGAGUCCAAUGGACAGGCUGACACACGAGCCACAGCCUUCCAAAGACUUGGACCAGCCCAAGUGGAUCCGCCUAGAAAGAAGGGCGUCCACAUUGCUCAUGAUGAGCAUCCCUGAAGCCCAGAAAGAGGAGCUAGUGUCGACGAAGAGGAUCACAGCUCUGAAGAUCAUCUGCCACCUCUUCACGACCUUUCAGCCUGGAGGAUUGGCUGAGAAGGAGGUCAUCCUCAGGUCGUUGGAGAUGCCACAGGAAGCAGCAACAGUGGCAGAAGCAGUGAGUUCACUGAGGAAAUGGAUGAGAUGGAGGAGACGAGCAAUGGAGCUUCAGGUGAGCGAGCCUGAUCCCUUCCUCUUGCUCAAAGGCUUGGGACGCAUCGUCCGCCGACCUUUGGAAGCCAACAGAGAGCUGAAUUUCAGGAUCAGCUUGGCCAGGUCGAUGCUCCAGGUCGACUCGACCCCCACGAAAGACACAGUGGGAAAGUUCUCGACCCACCUCUUGGCUGAGAUGGAGCAGAUAGCACACCUUGAAGGCAGCAAGAAGAGCACCAGCAAGGACAUGCAGAAGCAAGCACAGCCAGAGGUGAAGGUCAGGAAGUUUGAAGAAGAACCCAACAAAGAGGGAAGUCCGGAAAAGAGCGGAAAACCCUGGGAGGGGAAAGACAUGAAGCCGACGGCAAAGGUGGUGAAGAAAGAGGAAGCCACCAAGAAAGAAGAGGUAGCCAAGGAAGGCUCCAAUGAAGGAGACAGCAGUGAAGCCAUGAAGGGACUGCUGGAAGAGGCCAACAAGAUGUUGAAGGCCUUGCAACAAGGAAAGAAUGAAGAAGACGAAGGGAAGGAGGUCAGGCUGCAAAAGUUGCAGAAGCAGCUUGAUGAACUCAAGACCCUGAAGGUCUUCAGGAUCUCCAAGAUCCACACAAAAGAAGGAGACUAUGGUCUUUUAGACUCUGGCGCGACGCACGCCUUGAGAGGAAGACAGCCAGGAGAAUCACUCAAGGACUUGACAGAGGUCCGAGUGACGUUGGCCUGUGGUAGAGACGCCACACUGAAGAUGACAAGAGGAGGAACAAUGGUUGGUCAACAUGAGGAGACAGAACCAAUCGUUCCACUUGGAAAGAUGGUCAGCCAGCUCGGCUGUACGGUGGAAUGGGAUGAGGAAGGCCUUGUCGUGGUUCACCCAGAGAGGGGAAGACUGGCCACAACACAAAGAGGAGGAUGCCCUCACAUCCCAAGACCACUGGCCUUAGACAUCAUCCAGGAACUUGAGGAGAAGUCUGGAUGGAUGAAGAAGAUGAAGACCAAAGAAGAAGACGAAGAAGAAGUCUUGAAGAAGAUGGUGGCCGUUCAUCCGGUCUUCAGAGACCUGCCAGAAGAGGUAAAGAAGGAACUGGUGGUGACGCCAUCAAAGGAUUUGACAGCCCUUCCAGGGAUGAACCGUAGACAAAGACGGAAGAUCCAAAGGGAAGGAGCCACUCUGCACCUGUUUGCGGGGGAGGACGACGGAUUCACCCUGAGCCAGGCAGUGAAGAGUGCAGGCGGCGAUGUCCAGACUCUGAUAGAGCUGGAUCAGAAGAGAGGACCUGGGCAUGACCUGAUGAGCUCAGAUCCAUAUGCCACACUGUUGAGGUUGGCAUUUGACAACAGGACGCUGCUGUUGUACGUCCUGGCAGUCCACGUCGAGAAGACAAAGGACGAAGAAGAAAAAGAAGAAGGCAUCAAGAGAGACGCCAAGACAGAAGAACAGAAGAAAGGAGGAGAGGGAUGGAAGAAGAUCAUCCUGGCUCUCGAGCAGCCGAGUGCUCCUGAGUACCUCCCAAAGACGGUCUCCUUUUGGUGGACGGACCAGUGGAGAAAGAUGAAAGAGAUGUACGAUCUGCAAGAGAUCAAGUUCAACCAGGGAGACUGGAAAGGAGAAGAAGGCGGCAAAGGCUGCAUAAAGCCCACAACGAUCGGCGGGAACGUCGAGAUCAAGGUUCCAGAAGAGAGGAACCCAGAAGCCAAAGGAAGAUCCCAAGACAGGGUCCAAGACUCAAAGAACCUGAGCCGAUGGGUGCCGGGUUUGAUGAAAGAGCUGGCGAAGGAAGUGGUCAAGAAGUGCCAAGAAAGACCCGUCCAGCUAAAGCCCAUGUCAUGGGAACAACAUGUGAAGCAUGGACACGAUUCACCUCUAGAAGACAAAAGGAACGAGAGAGUUCCAGAAGAGGAGGUGGAUGCGAUCGAAGGGCUGAGGAUCGAUGACAGUGAAGGAGAGGCUGAUGAUGAAGCAGAACACACAGAGGAGGAUCCCCAACAAGACCCCCCUGGCAACCCUGAGGAGCCCCAAGGUGGUGAGAGAGCCAUCAACCCCCAGGAGCCACAAGAAGCAGCCAAGGAGGAGGUGGAUCAGCCAGAGGACUUUGAAAUCAAGAUUUUCAGACUGGUGACUCCCUUGCCCUCGAAGGCGGGGGGAGUAGUCCUCCAAGCAGUCAUCGACAUGUGUGGACUGAAGCAGAAAUUUCCACCACUGGGAGCUGAAGUCCUGGUCAAGAAGAGAAGGUGGAACGCGCAACAGUUCCUGCCAACAAUGGACCGAGUGACAUACAUCGCUCCAUGUUGGGAAGGUCACGGUCACUGGGUGAAGCAAGAAGAUGGGACGACCAUCGUAGCCCGGUUCUGCAUAGCUGAUGUGUGGAACCCCGUGACAGACCACUCGUGGCUGGCAGUCAUGACAGAGAUGCCAGAUCCACUUGAAGAAAGAAGAAGAUUGAGGAGAAAGACGCCACCAGAGUUGGCGAAGAUGGAGGUUCAAGAAGACGAACCAGGGGAAGAGGGGAGAGACCCUGAACCCAGAAGAAGAUCAAGACUUCUACAGCUGAUCAUGGAGGAGAUGACAGCUCUGAUGGAAGACCCCUCAGAAGAGGCCCUGAAGACGACGAUGCAGUCUGUGGCCAAACUCCGAAUGAUGAUGGAGACGGGCACGAGUGAAGACGUUCUUCAGACGAGGAUCGUGGGCCUGGGGGAGGUGAUGAAAGACCUCGAAGGAUGGAAGAAGCCCAUCGAAGAAGAACUGAAGUCUUUGGUGGAAGACAAGAUGGCCCUUGAAGCCAUUUCCAAAGAGGAGGUGGAGAAGAUGUUCAGGGCGGCACACGCCGAAGGAAGAAAGCUGGAGGUGGUGCCAGGAAAGCUGGUGACGGUGGUGAAGCCCGCACCAGAAGGAGGAAAGAAGAAAGCCAGAAUAGUGGCGUGUGGAAACUUCACGGCGAAAGAUGCCCAGGACGAACUGUACGCGUCCACUGGUGAUGCAGUGACUCUGAGGAUCAUGAUGAAGUUAGCCUCAGAGAACCAGUGGGACGGAGUCACGUUAGACAUCCGUACAGCUUUCCUCAACACACCAUGGGAAGACAUGGACGUGUUGGUGAAGCCACCCCACUUGCUGAUCAGGAUGAAGCUGGUCGAAGAAGGCACGCUGCUGGGCUGGAUUUAG